AUGGUGCAGCGCGGUGGCCAAUCAGCGGCGGCGAGGGCCGGCGGCGCGGGCCAAUCGGCGGCGGCGCACGGCCCCGCGGUCCUGCCCGGCCGGGCCGCACUGCGCCGCCCGCCGCCCGCCGGCCGCCCGCGCCUGCCCCGCCGCGCAACCUUCGCGCCGCGGCGGCCCAGAGCGCGGCUGCGGCGGGCGCGGGCGGCGGCGCCUCCGUCCCGCUCCGCCCGACACCUGCUCUGUCCUGUCCGGGACCCCAGGCCGCCGCCCGCACGGUACAGCCCCCGCCGCGCCGCCCCCUGCCCGCCCCCCGGCCUCGCCCGCCCGACGCCGCGCCCUGCCCGCCGGGAGUCGGGGGCCCCCUUCGCGGACUCCCGCUGA